AUGAUCCUCAGUCUUUCAUCAAUGGCACCACCAACGCACGCCGUCAUCCCCGCCACUCUCGCCCAAGGCUUCGACUGGGCGAAUGCCAAAGAGGAUGCUGUCAUGCUGCUCUACGACGACUCGCAGCAAUACUACACAUUGGCCAUCAAAUGGAGUCCUGGCUCCGAUUCUUCGGCGCGGGUCUUGGUCUUCGCACUCUGGGCCAUGUACGGAGUUGAAGAGAUAUCGGUGCCGCCCGAAAUCGACCCUGGAGCUUCAAUGAUCGCGAGGUACCACAAGGAAAAGGAGGUCAGCGUCUACUGCGUGCCCAAGGACGAAACAUCUCCAACGAAUGCAGACUCGAUCCCCUUGUGCCAACUGUUCAACUUGGAUAUCGAAAUCAUAAAGACCAAGCAAGAGCUUUCACGAAGCCGUGCUACGUUUGAGAUGUUUCAUGUCGUGGGCCAAAGCGCGCGAACUCAGCCGGAGAGUUCCAACAACUCAUGCGACGCUGACCUCGCUCGGUUCCGUAAUACAUCCCAAAAUGACAGGGUAUCAAAGAAUGUGUCGUCACGGGACGAACUGCAACGUAUCUUGAACAAGUACGAGGAGAAGAUUAAAGAGGUGACAUUAAAGUCCGGGCAGAUUUAUAUGUCUAUGGGUUUCAUGAUGCGGAAAGUGCUCGGGUCUGCGGACUUUUGCAAGACGGAGGAGGAUGCGCAGAAUAAGAAGAGAAAGACUGCUUUGGAGGACCUCCAGCGACGGUUGCACACUGCCAUGAAUGCCUGCACGGAAAAGCUGUCCAAUUGA